AUGCACCGCGGUCUUAUCAUCAGUGUUUGUCAGACCAUGUACAGCAUCGCCAGUCACUUUGAUCCCAAAGGUCUCUUCAUCAACUGGCUGAUGGUUGGUUACGCGACCGUUUACACAAACGCACCCGUCUUCUCGCUUGCAUUUGAUCGGGACGUUGAUGAGCGUCUUGCGAACCUCUAUCCGGAGUUGUACAAAGAGCUCAAGUCCGGAAAGAGUUUGAGCUACCGCUCUUUCUUUGGUUGGGUGAUGAUAUCAGUCUACCAGGGCGCCGUCAUACAAGGCCUUUCGCAGAUUUUGCUGGACACUAUCACAGGGCCACAAUUGAUCAGUCUUUCUUUUACUGCGCUUGUGCUCAAUGAGCUUGGAAUGGUCGCUACUGCAAUCACGACAUGGCACCCUGUCAUGAUUUUCUGCUUGAUUGGUACAUUGCUCAUCUAUGCGGGUAGCGUCCCUUUCUUGGGCGAAUACUUCGACCUCGGGUAUGUCAUUACUCUGGAUUGGUUGUGGCGUGUUGCUGUUGUGCUGGCUGUCUCGCUGGUUCCUGUCUGGGCUGGUAAAAUGAUCAAACAGUCCUGGCACCCACCAAGUUAUAGGAAAGUUCGCGGUUAG